UAUGGAGCCUACCGUGUCUCCAAUGACAGACGGGAUGUCAAAGUGUCAUUGCUUACAGCUUUCUUCCUGGCCAUGAUAAUGGGUUUGAGAUUCAAGAGGUCCAAGAAAAUAAUGCCUGCUGGCCUGUUUGCAGGCUUAAGAAAACCACGCGGUUGCUGCCAUGGCGGGGAAGCCAGUCCUUCACUACUUCGAUGGCCGGGGAAGAAUGGAGCCUGUCCGGUGGCUCUUGGCUGCAGCUGGAGUGGAGUUUGAAGAGAAAUUUCUGAAAACUCGGGAUGACUUGGCAAGGUUAAGAAAUGAUGGGAGUUUGAUGUUCCAGCAAGUGCCCAUGGUGGAGAUUGACGGAAUGAAGCUGGUGCAGACCAAAGCCAUUCUCAACUACAUUGCCUCCAAAUACAACCUCUAUGGGAAGGACAUGAAGGAGAGAGCCAUCAUUGACAUGUAUGCGGAAGGUGUGGCGGAUCUGGAGUUAAUGGUUCUCUAUUUCCCCCAUAUGCCCCCUGGGGAGAAAGAUGCAGCCCUUGCCACAAUCAAAGACAAAGCACAAAACCGUUACUUCCCUGCCUAUGAGAAGGUGUUGAAGAGCCACGGACAAGAUUAUCUCGUUGGCAACAGGCUGAGCAGGGCUGAUGUUUACCUGGUUGAACUUCUCUACCAUGUGGAAGAGCUGGAUCCCAGUGCUUUGGCCAACUUCCCUCUGCUGAAGGCACUGAGAACCAGAGUCAGCAACCUCCCAACAGUGAAGAAGUUUCUUCAGCCUGGCAGUCAGAGGAAGCCGUUUGAUGAUGCGGAAUGCGUAGAAUCAGCCAAGAAGAUUUUCAGUUAAAUCAGGUGGAUAUGGAUGGAUAGCAGCCACCAGGCAAGCCUUCUAAAGCUUUGCAACAAUGAAGUGUUUUCAUUAAAUGUUGAUCCUGGCUGGGCAGGGGUGGCCCACACCUUUAAUCCCAGCACUUGGGAGGCAGAGGCAGGAGGAUCUCUGUGGCUUCGAGGCCAGCCUGGACUACAAAGUGAGUUUCAGGACAGGUGCCAAAGCUACACAGAGAAAGCCUGUCUCAAAAAACAAAAACAAACAAAGUUGAUCCUGCUGAUUGUGAAGUUAACGUCUUUUCUAGGGUUUGUGCAUGAAUUCAAGUACUUAUGACAAGUGGGGAUUUGCUGGGAUGCUAUUUGGUUGUCGUCAAAAUUGAAAUCAUAAUCACUUCCUAGGAUGUUUCCUUGAAUUUCAAUAAAAUAGGGCAGGCUUACUCUCUGCCUGUUGACCAGA